GCAGUAGAAAUAAGAAAAAAGACUAUAGGAGUGCGAGAGAGUGUCCAUUAUUCUUUUCAAUAAACCUCCUUCGUUUUUGUUUUCCAUUAUUUUAUCGCAAAAUAAUCAAAUCAAACUCGAUUCAGCAUGAGUAAAACUGUGUAGAUUCGUUGCGAGAUAUGUGCGAGAAUGGUGUGAACUAGCGUUACCGGCAUUUUUCCGUUUCGCUAUCGGUGCAAAACGUCAUAGAAGAACUGGCAAGAGCAAGGGGUUCUCUGCGAAAAGACGGUCGGUCGAAAGGAUCCUACACACUUGCUACAAGAGGGAGAGCAAUGUGGAAGAACCAAGCCCACUUGUGCUUUCUGGUUGUUUGUAUAUACAUUUUGUGCAAUAAAAUAUCGGAAAUCGGAUCUACCGGUAGUGCAGCUGAACCGCGAUACGUACUGACCGGCAAAAAUGACACUCUAUCGUGCAGGUUUACUGGAGCUGAGAACCCGAUGUGGCAGAAGGAUGGGAAAAACCUUACCGACAGCAGCGCCAAAAUAUCUUUCAUGAUCGUCGAUAGCAUAGAUGAUGUUACGAAGCUCUCUGAUGGCUCGGAAGGCAACCUUCCGAGUGACAAUUCGGAGACAACGGUGGCGAACUUAUUCGCCGCAAUUUCCACACUAACAAUACACAAUUUCUCGAAAGCGGAUGCCGGUAAUUAUUCGUGCACUGGCACAGAACGAGCCGCACUCGCGAGUUAUUCGGUACGUGAAGUGAUUUUACCAAAGAUUUCCAACUCCAGUCCGGAUAGAACGAAAACCAAGCAGGAGAGGAAAGUAGAGCUGUACUGCGUGAUAGAAAUGUACCCACUGGAAUAUUUUAAGAAUUCGAUACAAUGGUUCAAAGAAGAUGAUACCACCGAGAACAACUUUUUGAAGAACACCACUGUUCGGGCACUGAAUGAGACCCACGUGAAUGUGACGCUGACAAUUGCGGAUGUGAGCAAGACACACAACGGAACGUAUUCUUGCAAUGUAGGUCCUUCGGCAAUGAUAGAAGAAAAUUCAGGAACGGAUAAGAAGUCGAUGGCUUUGCUUGUGCUAGAUAAACCUCAAGUAACGAUAGACUACGUGAAGGCGGUUGGCGCCAACAAGAUCUAUCUGAAUUGGACCGUGAAUGAUGGAAACGACCCAGUAAAGCACUACAUGCCGCAGUUCAUGAAGAAAGGUGACUCGACAUUUACCUAUUACGCUUACAGGAUCGAUGGCAAGAAUACAUCAUUCGUAUUGGAAAAUUUCGAACCUGCGACGGAUUAUGAGAUCAAAUUGACCGCACAGAAUAGUUUGGGGAGCGGUCCGGCAUCACCUGCCGUUAAAGUGCGGACACUGGAAACCGAUCCGAGCUUUACCCCGAUUGUUGAGGUGAAAGGAAAUACGCACUCAACCAUUACGAUUGGAUGGGCGCCCCCACCCGGUGAUCUGCUGGAAUACAUCCAAUACUACGAUCUCACGGUUUCAGUGGCGGGGGAAAACUCAUCCAAAUGGGAAACGUAUUAUCCGCAAAACAGUCGCAACCUUCCGUAUAUGUUUGACAAUCUGGACACAGCUACGGAGUAUAGUUUUCGAGUGAGAGCUUGUAGUGAACUUGCCAAAGUUUGUGGCAACUGGUCGGAGGAAGUGAAUGGUACCACUAGCGAUGGUAUGUCGUCGGAACCACUAAAUCUUAAUAUAAGCUGUUCCCAUUACAAUAUUUCACGCCGAAACGCGGUUCGCGUCUAUUGGGAUCCACCGAAAAAAGCAAACGGGAAAAUUGUCUCAUAUCAGGUAAUCCUCGAUGGAUUGUCCCAGUAUCGCAGCGAACAUGGUACACUGAAGAACGAGACAUGGGGACCUAAGAUCAAAAAUGUCCAACCGCAGUUCACUCGAACCGAAUACGAUGGUAUUCCCCCGAAUACCAAUUACACUGUUCGAGUUGCAGCUGUAACACGAACGAAACGUCCAGGAGUUAUCGCAAGUGCAGUCUGCACGAUGCCCGCGACUGCUCCGGACAACAUCGGUCGUCUGAUGUGGGGCAAACUGCGCACUGAGGAUAAUCAAUGGAUCUUUAAACUCUUUUUGCCGCGAGUAUCGGAACGUAAUGGACCCAUUUGUUGCUACAAAAUCUAUCUGACAAGGUUGAAUCACAAAAAUGGAUCCCUCCCGGAGCCGGAGAGUCUGCCAGUGACGAGCUACGCUGAUGUUCACUCUAUCAACAACACCCGUGGCGGAACGUAUCUUGCGGAGGUGUUCUCCAGUUUGAAUUACAGCUCGGAAGUUUUUCUGGGUGACGGUAAAAACAACGAGUAUCACGAUUCCGCUUCAUGUGCGCAGUGUUUGCAUAAAACGAGAUUUGCCCAACAUGAUAAACCUAGUGCCAUUAAUAAAGAGGAAGAGGAUGGUGGACAAAACAGCACUGCCAACAUCGCCAAUCCGGCGAGGACCGGUAACGAAGCUGUGCCAGUUGAGGAUGAGCUGAAAGUUUCUAGUCACGAGAAACGCGAAACAGCCACUUACAGUUACUAUGAGAGUAGUGGAAGCCAAUUCGAAACGGUUUACGAUGGUAUCCUGGAUCCGUCUAGUAAUUAUACAGGUUUCGUGGAGGUCGUAGUGAAAAUUAACAACGACCAAGGACCACGUUAUAUUUCCACCUUCAGCGAGUACUUCCAAGAGAUGAACGCCGGUGCCCCUUUGGCAAGCGAUCUGAGCGGAAGAGACCUUUCAUUCAUACUUAACAUAGUUAUACAAAUCUUAUGUGGACUGAUAUUGAUAGUUUUACUAGUAUUAUUGACUCUUUGUCUACUGCACAAACACUUCAGCAAAAAUAUUGCACAAGAAGGUGAGGCCAUCAGUUUAGGGGAUUCAUUGAGAUUCGUUUGUAGACGAGCUCUCUGCCAUGGUCGCAACGUAAACGCUCACCAUAGACACCUGCUCGGAUCGAACUGUGCCAAACCGCCGGUGGUUGCACCGAUAUCGAAGGAAGAUCUGCCGAAGGCAUAUUUCGAUAAGCACAAAGACUCAGAUUACGGUUUCCAGCACGAGUUCGAACUGCUGCCAGACAAGUUUGCAGAUCGGACGACGAAGAACUCAGACCUGAAGGAAAACAUUCACAAAAAUCGCUAUCCAGAUAUUAAAUCAUACGAUCAAACUCGUGUCAAAUUGUCCACCAUGAAUGGUUUGUGCGGAUCGGACUACAUCAACGCGAACUUUGUUAUCGGCUAUAAGGAACGCAAGAAGUUCAUUUGCGCACAGGGUCCGAUGGAUAACACAAUCAACGACUUUUGGCGCAUGAUUUGGGAGCAACACUUGGAGAUUAUUGUUAUGUUGACGAAUUUGGAGGAGUACAAUAAGACCAAGUGCGCCAAAUACUGGCCAGAGAACAUCAACGACUCGACACAGUACGGUGAUCUGCUGAUCACUUUUUCGUCCGAUAGUUAUUAUGCCGAUUACAUCAUUAGAAAUAUAAAGGUCACCAAACGAAUCGUCAAUUCGUCGGGUGAUGAGAUGGAGGAAACGCGACACAUCUCCCAGUAUCACUACCUAACAUGGAAGGACUUCAUGGCACCCGAACACCCCCAAGGGAUUACCAAAUUCAUCAAACGCAUCAAUUCCGAAUACUCACUGCAGCGUGGUCCCAUUCUUGUGCACUGCAGUGCGGGCGUGGGCAGAACCGGAACCUUCGUGGCGCUCGAUACUCUGACGCAGCAGUUGAACGAGGAAGGCCAGGUGUCCAUCUUCAACUCUAUUUGUGAUAUGCGAUAUCAAAGAAAUUUCCUCGUACAGUCCUUGAAACAAUACAUAUUUUUAUACCGAGCCCUGACCGAGCUGGCCUAUUUUGGCGACACAGAAAUCGAUCAAAAAUCGCUAGCGGCCACAGUGGAAAACUUGAAGCAGCCAUCGACCGAAAAUCCAGAGAUUUGCAAGCUGGAAGCGCAAUAUCAGCUAAUAAAAUCCUUCCAAGAUGACACCCGCAGGACGACUGCUAUCGGUGGGAGCGAGGAGAACAAGGCAAAGAAUCGCUCGGAAACAUGCGCCCCAUAUGACAAAAAUCGAGUGAUUCUAGCCCCAAUUCCCGGCCACGACAAUUGCACCUACAUCAAUGCAUCGUUCAUCGAUGGGUACGAUGACGAGAAUAACUUCAUCAUUACACAGGAUCCGAUGGAGAACACCAUUUUCGACUUCUGGCGGAUGAUAUUCGAGCAGCGGAUAAAAACGAUCGUAAUGUUUUCAGAGAUAGGGGAUGGUCCUAAUAAAUGCCCACGGUACUGGGCGGACGAUGAAAUGCAGUACGAGAACCUGCUCGUGUCUUACAUCCAAAGCGAAAGCGGUCCGUACUACACGAAGCGAGAGUUUACAGUGACUAACUGUAAAUCGAAAGACACCAUCCAGGUGACACAAUUCCAAUACAAUGGAUGGCCCACGGUGGAAGGUGAGGUUCCAGAGGUCACCCGGGGAAUGAUAGAAAUAGUCAACCAAGCGCAGAAGCACAGUUCCCAGCAGGAUGACAUUUUCACCAUUGCCGUUCACUGCAGCCUGGGAACGGACAAAAGCUCGCUAUUUGUUGCCAUGUGCAUAUUAGUUAUGCAACUCAAAACCGAAAAACGAAUCGACAUUUGUUCGAUAGUCAGAAAGCUUCGAGCACAACGUAGUUUAAUGAUAGAUACAUAUGCACAAUAUGAGUUUCUGCAUAGAGCUAUUGUAAAUUUCGCUGAUCUAUACAAAAUCUCGUUAGGCAUUGCUUCCGACUGUUGAUAAGCUGGUGUAGUGAUAACAACUAUAAGAAGAAAAAAGUACUAGAAUACCACAAACUCAAGAAAGAUAACAAUACUUUUGAGUCGAGACGACGCGGAAUCGAAAACCGAAAUAUUCGGGGAUAAUCGACACGCCACAGCCACACGUUAGACACAAUACACUUCUACACACAGAUAAUUUUGCAAGCCGAUGCAAGCUAUACUCACAUUAAACAAAUGCUUGAGACGAAGGAAAAAAUCAACCGUUGUUUGCUUAUACUGCUUGAGUAUAUAUGCAUAUAAAUAUAUGUAAUUUUAGCUUUGUUUUAACUAGCAUCAGUUAAAACUGAAGAGAUGUGGAAGCGGGAACAGACAGUCGACGCGAUAAGUUAAGCUGCGUUAAGCAGAAGAGCAGAAAGAGAGAUUUGUUUUUAAACUAUAAUUGUUUUUCAUUUUAUUUCGAAAGGUAGAAAUUACGAAUCAUUCAUUCAUUUCAUCCUCAGAAGCCAUAUUGAGAUAGGAACAUUUUUUUUCUAUCCAUAUACACGAAACACGAACACUAAACUACAUUAUAAAUAGCCAUCGAACAUUAAAAUAACUCGUAAAACGCUAGUGGGAAGAAGGUACCUUUUACACAAUCCCGGAAAGGACUGAUGCAUAUGCGUGAAGAAUAGUUAGAUGGUAUGAUGCAAACUAAAUUGGUAGAAAAUUAAACAGCGCGAUUGGAAAUAAAGACAACUAAGCGAGUCAGAGAGAGCAAGAGAGUGGAUGAAGAAGUGAACAAACAAAAAAGUAUGUGAUCAAUACUUAGAAACGAUAAUAAAAAAAAAGUGCGAAGUGAACGUGUUAGGAGCUAUUAUAUUAGUUAUUUUUCAUGUUGAAAAAUGCAUCAAAAAUCUAAUCAAGAGGAUGGAAAUAAUGACACUAAAUAAGUCAGAAGAUGCAAAAUAUACCUCUAUCUGUGUGUAAAAGUCAAUAACUAUUAAGGUAUCUGUACCAGUAUGAUAUUUCUAUAAGUAAUAAAUGAAACAAAACAAAACAACAAAAAUAGAUACACAGACCGAACAAAAGAAGAAACCGGAAGAUUGAACACAACGGGGGAAAGUCGUGUUCUGAAUCUGAACAUUAUAACGUUUGUAUUUAUCGAAAACUAUCAACAAUGGAAAUAAAAGAUCAAACUUGUGUAUAAACGA